AUGACAAGGAUGAGAGAAGCUGAAUUGGUUUGGAAUGCUAUAAUGUUGCCUCGGCAUAGAGUAAUCAUAUGGCUUUCUUAUCAGGAUAAAUUGCUAACAAAGGAAAGGCUAUUGAAACUAAAUAUACUUACUGAUGGCAACAUGAAUUGCUGCUUAUGUGAGCUUGGAGUUCCUGAAACUGAACUAUACCUUUUUUCUGAGUGUGAAUGGGUCACUACAGUAAGAGAAAAACUUGCUACAUGGACUGGUAUUGCCUUCCCACAGAAGCCUUCCAGAAGCACCUUGAAAUGGAUAAGAAAUAAACAACGGAGGCAAUUCAGGAAAGAAGUUGGAGCUGUUAUUUAUGGAGACACGAUUUACUAUACAUGGCAAGCUAGGAAUUGGAGAAUAUUCAGGAAAUUAAAUGUAAAUAGAGAGUUUAUAGUUUUACAGAUUCAGAAAAAACUUAGGUAG